GGUAAACAUUUAUUCGCAUUGCAAAUGCAAAGAAAAAAAACUCAAAAAGCAGCUGCUGCAAUUGCACAAUAUUACUAAUUAUUAAUGAAACCCAGACAUUGAUUUUAACUUUCACGUAGAGCGGUUUCGUGACCUUGCUGGGUAUGUGACGUAGGACCGACAGCGCUCCGAGUAGGACUGUUUUGAGGUUUCCCCGUUCAUUUGAUUUUAGUUUGUUUCUCUUUGCCCAAAAUGUUGAAGUUGAGCUCAUCCGCUGUCAGAACAGCGCAGUUUUUUGCGAAAACACAGCCGCUGAACGCCGCCCUCCACACAGGGGCUGCCGCCUGCGGAGCUAAAGUGGCGGUUGUGCUGUCGGGUUGCGGGGUGUUUGAUGGCACAGAGAUCCAUGAAGCCUCGGCGGUCCUGGUGCACCUAAGUCGAGGUGGCGCUGAAGUUCAGAUGUUUGCCCCUGAUGUGUCUCAGAUGCACGUGAUUGACCACGGCAAGGGUCAGCUUGCCCAGGAGUCCAGGAAUGUGUUAUCAGAGUCAGCACGCAUUGCACGUGGCAACAUUACAGACUUGGCCAAACUCAGUGUCACCAACCACGAUGCUAUCAUCUUCCCAGGGGGCUUUGGAGCAGCCAAAAAUCUAUCCACAUUUGCUGUGGAUGGGCCAGACUGUAAAGUGAACAAAGACGUAGAGCGUGUUGUAAAGGACUUUCAUAAAGCUGGGAAACCCAUUGGGUUAUGCUGCAUUUCUCCUGUGCUUGCAGCCAAACUUCUUCCUGGGGUAGAAGUCACAGUGGGCCAUGAGGAGGAAGAAGGGGGCAAGUGGCCCUAUGCCGGCACCGCUCAAGCCAUCAAGGCUCUAGGAGCCAAGCACUGUGUGAAGGAGGUUACCGAGGCCCAUGUGGACCAGAAGAACAAGGUUGUGACAUCUCCAGCAUUUAUGUGUGAGACUAAGGUGCACCUGAUCUUUGAUGGGAUUGGAGCCAUGGUCAGCAACAUCCUGAAACUCAGUGGCAAGUGAGAGACAGUCUAAAAUGCCAUCAUACAAGCUGAAAGAACCAAGAGCCUCUGACUUGAUCCUCAUCACCACUUAAGUCAGCAACAAUGCCGUGUCUAGUUUGGUUUCUUAAGGUUACAAGUAUGUUGAUCUUGGAAAAAGUUCCUAUAAAUUAGUUUCAGGGCUGAGUAAUAUUUCAGUAUGUUUUAGAUUAUUCAGAUUAUUUUGCUCCUUGCUUUCUUUGUGGUGAACAAGACUGUUUUGGUAUUGGCUUAUUUUUACUGAGGGGAAAUAGAUGUCAGGAAUGAAGUGGAGCAUGAUGGAAAAGAAAACCAGCACUAUUCCUUUGGUAUACAGUAGAGGGCAGCCAAACACUUUGAGUCAGCCAAUACCAUAGCAAGCUUAUUGAAGUGACUAGUGGCUCAGGUAAAGCUUAUGUGUAUAAUAUAAUUUGUCUGUUCCCCAUAGUGUAUUUGACCAACAGAUAUACUAUUUCCAAAAGGACUUGUCUUCUGAAAGGAUUUUUCAUAGGCCAGGAUUCAUGAUUACAUUCGCUUAAAUCAGAUAUUCAUUGAUGCAUCAGUACGAAGUGUUUGAGCAAUAAAGUGUUGA